AUGUCGGACUUAUCGCACUCAUGCUCGGUGUGUCGCAAGACCUUCUCGACAAAGGGCCAUCUCCGGCGCCAUGAAUCUAGUCACACCCAACCUGCCGUACACUGUCAUUUCUGCGGCAGGGCGUUUACAAGAAAGGACGUCCUGCAUCGACACUACAAAACCUGUCCAAAAGCCAGAAACGAGGACAUACCCAGUCGCAAACCACCCGGGCGACUGCGCAAAGCGUGCGAUCGGUGUGCCACACUUCGAGUCGGCUCUGGUGUUGAUACUGAAGAAAACGACUCCGACAAUGCCACGGCACUACCCCUGCUAGAGAGCUUCUCCGCUCCAGAGACCCGCUCUGCUCGCAAUGUAGCCCAUGUUAUAUCCAGGUUUACGGCAUCGGGCUCGCGAGGAAAUAUCUUGGAUCCUGCCCUCCCCAGCUUGGAACUGAAUGGCCCGGAGCUCUCGGCUGGGAACGAGUGGGAUGCGCUGCUUAGUAGUUUCUGGAGUAUUCCCUCGGAGAGUUCGGUGUCUAUAGGGGAGGUCUCUACUAUGACCCUGGAGACGUGCCAGGUCGCGUCUAGGCGACUCAUCGAAUACCUGCAGGUAGAUUCUCAUGGAUUCAGUAUAGACCGGGUGAACACAUUCCUUGCUCCGGCGAAUGUUCAGCAAUGCAUCGCCGCGUACUUUCAAAUUGUGCACCCUCGGGCCCCGAUUAUCUAUUUGCCAGGACUUGACCUGGAAACUGCUUCCAUACCCUUGCUUCUGCCGAUGGUGUUACUCGGUGCGGUUUGCGGCCAGUCAGACGAGCUGGCAGGCCUCGCAGCUGCUUUCUGUGAUGUCGGGGAAGAUUCAGUUUUUGAGAGUGUAACGUUUCAAGAGAUGGUGUACAGUCCACGGAAAACAGAGUAUUCACACGAUAACAUCUCCGACGCAGAGAUCCAGUGUAUCCAGGGCGCAAUGUGCAUGAUUCUGAUUCAAAAGUCUACCACUGAUUUGCGGACGCAGCGGCGCAUUCGAGUCCAGCGGUUUCCGGCUUUGAUAUCUGCUGUGCGUGCGUCGUGUCUUACUGAGGCGCGGCAUCGGAUUACAGGUGAUUGGGAUACGUUUAUUCGAGAGGAAGUAUGCUGUCGACUUAUGAGUUUUAUCUGCGUGCUGGACACUUACUUCGUCAUGUUCUGCAAUCAACCACCAUGUCUCCAGCCCGUUGAGCUGUCCUUCCAACUCCCGAGUGUGUCGAGAACGGUUGAUAUAAUGAGUGACUCGACUAUUCGGGGAUUCGAGAUGCUUCAAGAUCUCCGCCAACCACCAUUGCUAAACGAGCUCAGCCAGCGAAUAUCUAGCAAUAAGUGGCAGUCUGACCCAACUCUCAUGUCGAAUCUUGGAGUUUUCGACGUGUAUAUUCUCGGCUGUGCAUUCCACCCCAUCGUGUUCAACUACCACUCUAAUAAUACCUACAUGGCAAAUAUGCUCCCAACCCUCGAAGCUACUCUCAGCCGAUGGGAAGCCCUUUGGGAGAAACUAUGUAGUUCCCAUUGGAGCUCUGAUGAAAUGGCCCGUGCGGAUAUUAUGAUGUAUGCCCCGGAGAUUGUUUCUCUGGCUAGGGCGUACCUGUAUAUACCUAUAUCCAAGCGGGGCGUUAUCGCGAGGGACUUUACGCUUGAUCUGCGGCGAAUACUGAAAGGGGGAGAGAAGCCAUCAUAG